GCUCUGACGUGGGCGGUGGGGAGGGCGGGCCUAGCGGCGGCCUUUGGGACAGGGGCUCCCAACAUGUCCGCGCUGCUGGCGGCGCUCGGAGUGCGCGAGCGGGCGGCGACUGCGGCCGGCGGCGGCCAGAGCGGGGCGGCCCGCGCCUGAGGCUGAGCCAGGCUUCCCUACACCCGGGCCGGGCCCUGCCGGGCCGCCUGGGGCCCGGACGCCGGGGGACGCCGGUGCUCGUUCGCCGACAGACUCACAGGCUCUUCUGCUUUAUUCACCCCUAAUAUACAAGGAAGAGUCUCUAAAGUGAAUCUUUAUCAGAAGGACAAAGAUCUGGAAGAAAUUUGACUUUUGUACUGCAUUCAAGAUGACAAGUGAAGCAGUUCAGAUAGCCUCAAUGCAGACACCUGAAAAAGAUUCCAUGUGUCCAGGCAACGAUACUGGAGACUGCUGCCAGAAAAAAAGGAACUACCAAAAUAAAGCAGAUGUUGUGUCCUGUACUGUUAUCUCAAGGUUUUGCAAGUCAUUCUGUUAUGUGCUUCUUGGCAGCAGGAAUGUAAACUAAUUCUUUCAGCACUGAACUAGAACCUUGGCAAGGUUGCAAUUACAGUGAUGUAACAGGCUGAAAAAGGCACAACUCGUAAACUGUGCAAGUCAUGGACUAACUUAUGUUGGAAAGGACCUCUAGUGCUCAUCUAGCCCAACCCUUCUGUCUGACUUCCUCAGAUUUGUGUGUGAAUCAACAAGGCACCCUCAAUUAUAUUCAAUAUUGCAUAAACAUGGGUGCAUUUUUGGAUAAACCAAAAACUGAAAAACAUAAUGCUCAUGGUGCAGGGAAUGGCUUGCGUUAUGGCCUCAGCAGUAUGCAGGGAUGGAGAGUGGAAAUGGAAGAUGCUCACACAGCUGUUGUAGGUAUACCCCAUGGCUUAGAGGACUGGUCCUUUUUUGCUGUCUAUGAUGGUCACGCAGGAUCUCGUGUUGCAAAUUAUUGCUCCACGCACUUAUUAGAACACAUCACUAACAAUGAAGACUUUAGGGCGACAGAAAAACCUGGAUCUGCUCUUGAACCUUCAGUGGAAAACGUCAAGAGUGGAAUCAGAACUGGCUUUUUGAAAAUUGAUGAGUAUAUGCGCAAUUUCUCAGACCUCAGAAAUGGGAUGGACAGAAGUGGCUCAACAGCAGUGGGAGUUAUGAUUUCGCCUGAGCAUGUAUACUUUAUCAAUUGUGGUGAUUCACGUGCUGUUCUCUAUAGGAAUGGACAAGUCUGUUUUUCAACACAGGAUCACAAACCUUGCAACCCAAGGGAGAAGGAGCGAAUCCAGAAUGCAGGAGGCAGUGUAAUGAUUCAGCGUGUUAAUGGUUCAUUGGCAGUUUCUCGAGCUCUGGGGGACUAUGACUACAAAUGUGUUGACGGUAAAGGCCCGACAGAACAACUUGUUUCUCCAGAGCCUGAGGUUUGUGAAAUUUUAAGGGCAGAAGAAGAUGAGUUUAUCAUCUUGGCUUGUGAUGGAAUCUGGGAUGUAAUGAGCAAUGAAGAGCUCUGUGAAUUUGUUAAGUCUAGACUUGAAGUAUCAGAUGACCUGGAAAAAGUGUGCAAUUGGGUAGUGGACACUUGUUUACAUAAGGGGAGUCGUGAUAACAUGAGUAUUGUACUAGUUUGUUUUUCAAAUGCUCCUAAGGUCUCAGAUGAGGCGGUGAAAAAAGAUGCAGAGCUGGAUAAGUACUUGGAAUCACGGGUUGAAGAAAUUAUAGAAAAAUCGGGUGAAGAAGGAAUGCCUGAUCUUGCUCACGUUAUUCGUAUUUUAACUGCGGAGAAUAUCCCUAAUUUGCCACCAGGAGGUGGUUUAGCUGGCAAGCGUAAUAUUAUUGAAGCUGUGUAUAGUAGGCUGAAUCCACACAGAGAGAAUGAAGGGAUGGCUACAAGGUCCUCAGCCAGGUAGUCAUUACAAUGACUGGUGUUGGGGAGAUGUCAGCUUUUAAAUACUUUGAAAUGACCAAUUGUGUGCCUUGAAAUUGUGAGGAUGCAGUCUCACCACAAUUAUUACUGUGUUUCUUCCACUAUCUUCUCUUGGCUGCCUAUAUUUGGUUUAUUCUUUUAAGUUAGAAAGCUUGUGUAGGUGGAAGAGGCCACUAUUCUAUUAGAGUACAAAUAGAGAAGAAAUAUCUAACUUUUUUAUUGUUUAGGAUUUGUUCCUCUUUUUAGUUCAACAAUAAUACAAUAUACACUUUUCAUUUAACUUUCAACAAAUUGUGCAAUAAUACCCCAAAACAAGCUAGACAAAACUUUCCUCUUUUCAGCUUCUUUAGUCCUUCAGGAAACUCUGCACCUCUGUCAGCCUGCUACUGUUUUUCAUAUUUAGCCAUAAUUUUGUUCCUGCUUUUGGGGUAAAGUUAUUGGUGAAAGUGGUUUAUUUGAAGAUUAUGGCAUAGGUUUUAUAAGUUGGUUGGUCUUUUUAAGAAAAAAAAGUUUGUCAGUGGUAACUUUCUAGAAAUAUCAGAUGCCAUAGUUGCAUUUGUGAUCCGUCUUUCCUAAGCCCAAAUUUACUUUUCAGUUGCCAUGCAAGCUUGCUGAAAGUCCUGACAUACAGUACAGCAUUCUUUUGUGUAUUGGCUACUUCUGUGAAAAUCUUGUACGUCAUCCAUUAUAAUUUAAUAAAACAAGGUAACUGAAUUAAAUAAACAAGUUAUUUAUAAAAGAAUAUAGCCCUUCUUACGAUUAAUAGCUUUGACCCUUUAUUGCCACUAGAAUCCCUGGGCAGUUGUUUUGAGUCCUUUUAAUUUGGCUUCUUUAAUAUGAAGCGUGAGCAGUGCGCUCAAGUCUACCUUGUAAGCUUUACCUUCUGUUGGCAUUUAGUGCAAAUCUCGAUAAUGAUGUGAUUUAGAUACACCGGAUUAAAUUGUAGUUUGAUUGUGUGGUAAGAUGUCACUUGCCAGUCAGUACCUUUUCUUUCCAUCCGAAGUGAUUCUGAUGCAAAACAGUUUGAGAGGAGGAUGCACUAUAGAUGUGAUUCCUGUUUGCAUUUUCCUAGCAAGCAGGAAUUGUUGUCUUACUGUCCUUGAAGUGGAUGAAUGUAGUGGGCCUCAUCUCUGAGGUGAUGAAAACAUUACUUCCUUGCUAGCCUUACUCAGUGCCAGGUAUAUGGUGAUCUUAGUCUUUUGAACUGAAUACUUUAGUGCAUGAGUGGGGAAAAGGGAAGGAAGCUGUUCAAUUACUCAACAUCAGACUCUCCACAAUGUCUACACACUGUGAUAAUGUUGCUAAACAUCUCGCAUUAAAACAGGAAGCACAGGUACAAAGGAAACAUACAGUACAUCCCAAUGAUGAUAUUUCCAAGGGAAACCAAAAUCUAACUAAUAAUGCCCCUGUUGCAAACUAGUAUGAAGCAAGAGUGGGUCUUCAUACUAAAAAUUACGAGCUGCAGGCAUAAAUGCUGAGUCUGCAGAGCAUUGAAGGUGCACUGACUUGCACUUGAGAAUCUUUCCCUGUGUGUAGCUAACAGUGAACACGUGGCUGUUAGCGCGUGGGUGUAGUGCCGAAUGCUGCUGGUACUAACUAGACAGUCUGCCUGUGACAGUCAUCUUUGUCUGAUGAUUUUAUAUAAGGCUAGAACCAUUUUUCUACCUUGACAAAAAAAAUGUAAUUAAUUAGUGUAAAAAUACUAAUAAUGAGUAAAAAAAUUAAAAACACAAAACCUCCACAAAAACAACCAAAACCAACCAGAUUAACUUUUGCACUUGAGAGCAUGACUUCCUUCUCAAGACUAUACUUUUUAGCAUUGAACAACUUUAGCUCCCCUGGCUUACUGUGAACUGGAUCAUAAUAGCUUUGCAAAUAAAUUCUUAGAAAGUAUGUAAAUCAAAACCAAGGUGGUAUCUUUUUCUAGAUUAACUUCAUUUUUAUUCAGCACUGCACAGAUUCCAGUUAGUGUUGUGUUUAGAAUUUUUUUUGUCAUCUGAGCUAGUGAUUGUGGAAUAACUUCUUCCAGUUCUUCACACGUGCAUCUUCUGAGAAUCUUUAACAUAUAGCCUAAGUAAGGAUAUGUUGUGUAGAGUGAGAAACUGAGGAGUGAAAGAAUUCUUACUACAGCAGUAUUCAGAGAUCACUAGUGUGGCUUCAGGGUAUAGCAGUCAUAAGUUGGUUUUUUAGGAAUCUCAGCAGAGUGCAAGUAUUUUGUAAAUCCAGGGCUGGAGAGAGCCCUGCGUUGGGCUCACAAAGAGCAACUUUGCCAGUGUUUCAGCAGAGGGACUUUUGCUAUAAAUGUGGUGGCUUGUGCCUUUAAAGGUGUGAGUGAAAUCAUAGAAAUCUGUUGUCUGCUGGGACUUGGUAGUUUCAGAUCUUUAAAGGGAUUUUAAAAGAACUUCUUCAUAGCUAAAUAAUUGUUACCACUGUAAUGUCACAAUACCACCAAGUCAGUGUUCUAUUUACCAUGUUAAAGUAUUACUCUUUCUCUAAUGGCUCUGUUUCUUCGACUAUUUUUUAAUGUGCUCCUACGAGUACGAGGCUACUAUCCAAUUAGGCUACUUGGGUGUAUACUUAAACAUAAGGAACAAUGUUAAAAUUACAGUGGCUGUGUUAAUAGUUUCAGUGGUAUUUGUUUGAAGCUGCAUUUGAGUAUCUUGCUUGAAACCAAUCAUGCUUCUCUCUUGCUUUUACUAAUGUUAUACUGUGGCACUUUGCUGUAUCAAAUCAUAUGUCAUUAAGGGCUGCCACAGAUAAUUUUAACAAUGUAAAUGGACAAAACUCUUACACCCUUAAACACUGUAAAUCCUGUAGUAGCCCUUUUUAUAUACAUAAUUUAACAGAGCAGAACUUGCGUAAAAAUUGUGAAUGCUUAUGUUAAAUAUAGCUAGCAAAAAUGUAUUCUUGUUUUUUGGUCAGUAACACUAAGUUGAAUUAGAACAUGAAGGAAGCCAAAUGCUAACUUGCGCAAUAAUGACCAUUUUCAGGCACCUGUUCUAGUCACGCAUCAUUAGAGAGAAAUCUGUAUUAUAGUGUAUAGUAUAUAGAAGAGGCAGUUUCUGUCCUACUGUUUGUGGGGUUUCUUGUCUGCUAGCACUGAGGGAGAUGAGGGAUACACAAAAUAGCCUGCCAUCAAACUGGGUGCAAAGCAGGAUGUGAGUUUGAAUACCAAACACUGACAGCACUGUUGCUUCAACUCCUGCUAGCAUUUGAAUUGUUUAGGGGUCUCAGAACUGCUAUUAUAUUGCUUAUUGCUUUUAGUCUUCAGUGUGGCAUGGGAGCAAAAGUAUUCACUUCAACCUGCCAAAAGAAUUUUUGAAGACUUGAAUAUUGUGAAAUGUGGAGAUUCAGGGUGUAUAUUUGCUAAUGUCAACCUCAGAGCAACACUAAUGGGCUGGAGGAACUAUGGAAUUUAGAUGUUCUCUGAACUUUAAGAAACUGGAAUUCUUCAGUUGUGCUGCCUUGUUUAAUAUUAGCUAGAUAAAUACAGAUAGUAUUUUUUGUCAAAGCCUAAGAAAUAGGAUACAUCUGUAGCCUCAUCUUGAUGCCCUGAGUUUUCCCUGACUUUUUUUUAAUGCCUCAUGAGCACAGUCCCGCUUCAUCAUUAAAACUGCCUCCUUUAACUUGCUUCUCCUCACUGGGCUCUUGAAGAGCUAUCUGAAUAUGAAAAUGCUAGUACAUGGGAGUCAAAACAUCUCAAACUAAGACCAGCAAACCACAGUGGAAGUAUGUCUCUAUGCAACAAAUUAAGCUUAGAGGGAUAGCAUUAUAUGCACUAACAUUCAUUUUUGUGCUAAAAUUGUCCCCUUUUUGACUUAGACUAUACUAAUGAGUCUUGGAGCUUCUAUUCCAGGAAUAUUACAGCAUCCAAAACCCUACUGAACCCAAGAUAUUGUCUUAAUGCUGCUAUUAAGCUUGUAAAUGAGUGACUGCAAUACUUGUAGUUUAUGAAGCUUUUGGACUAGAUGACAAUAAAAUGAAGUCAGCAUGAGAAAAAGGCAGUCUGGAUUUUGCCUCUAAUGUAUUGCAAAACCUGCCAGCUUCCAGAGAUUCAGUUCCAUUUGUCUAGCUUGAUAACUUGCUAGAUAUUAAUAAUUUAAAAUGUGCUAUUCCCUUAAAGCAACAGUACUGCUUUAGCACUUAGAAAGUUAAAAUAUCUAGUAUCAGUCUCAGCACUGUAAUAGGUGUGCAAGUCUGUCACAAAAAAAACACCCAAUUUUUCUCAACUGAAUGCAUGUAGCCAGAUAGGUGGCUUGCAGAUGAGACCUCCAUUCCUUGAUCAGUGCUUACUACUCAGGUUUUGUGCUGUAGGUUGCUAGAUUUUAAUUUGAAUUAGGUGUUAUACCUGUUAAUUUUUCUAGCCAAUAUGCACAUCUGCCAAAAAUAGUGUCUUCUGUUGUUCAGCCACCACCGCUCCUGGUGCUGAUAGGUAGCUGCACAUUUCUUUCAUGGCAGCAUCAUGCAUGCAAAGAUUAGUCUUUAAUGUAGAGGGAUUGUUUCCUAAAACAUUUGAGUGCUUAUUUUGAUGUGAUGCUUCAACUAAACUGCUAGUACUAGUUAUCUGUUCUCUUUAGUAAGUUUUUCAUGGGACUUUGUUGCUAUUGGCUGUGCAGAAAUUCACAAUUAAAGAUAUUGACCUGAUGGCUAAAGAAGCUUACGUUUUUGCAUAUUUGUCAUUGACAACUGACCACGGUUGUGGGGGAAUAUCGACUAUAUUCAUCAAAAGCCAAUUUGAACCAAGGUGGAGUUAAUUGGAGGAGGUACCAUGUUGAAACUGUCUGGCUCAAAAUAAAUUGAAAUUAUUAAAAAUGCUGUUGCAAUAGGUGUUAUUUGUUAAAUUAUUAUGUUGCAUAAAAUAGGACAGUAUCAGCCAUGUUUGUCUAAGAUGUGUGUUGCUAAUAAGGUGGGUUAGAUUCAAACAGAGCAAAGCUGAUGUUUUUCAUUCAGAAAAAAUGUGUUGUUUCUUUUUCUUUUUUUUUUAAAUGUCGUUAGAAAAUAUCCUAGUUUAACUCCUGAUUUUUUUGGGGUCUUGAAUCUUAA